AUGGUAGACGGGAAGAUGGCCUCGGCAACCGCUAAUAAUCAUCAAUUAUCAUCAUCAUUAUCAUCAGCAGCGUCAUCGCCUCAGGCGGCAGACGGAGAGGACGGCGUGGAAGCAGCAGCACAAUUAGUAGACAAUAAAAUCCACGACAAACUGCAACAUCCUGUGCGAGAAGACGGUUCGAGUCCGCUGCUUGUCCCCGUGCGGCGUAAGAGGCAAGACAGGGGUGCCAAUGCAGCGACCAGGCCGCGCUGGCAGGAGCUGGACGAAGCGAUGCUGCCAAGGAUAACGGAGGACGUCUUGCUGGUGAGCAACCUGACCGAGGAACGGCUGCGCGAGGAGAACGAACUGCUGGAGCAUCUUAAUCGUGACCGGUUUCUCGAGCGGAAGGCGUCGGUGGACGCGGAACCGAAGCAGGGCCAGCGGAAUGGUAAGAAGGGCCGAAGGCGAAAAGGGCACGGCAAGCACAAGAAACACACGAAGAUCAAGCUGCUUCCGGUGACGCUGGUCGGGGUGCCGGUGGAUGAAAACGGUCAACCGGAAGCGGGGCUGAUCGAAGGGUUGGCGAACGGGGAGGAUCCGUGGACGCAGCUGCAACUGCCCACCGGCAGUAGGGUGGCCAGCCCACUAUUGGACGGACCGGAAGAUCAACCGACCGGAAGCGAACGAAGUGGCCGUCAACCGGUGCCCCGCCCCGAAAGUGUCCGAAAGGGCCCGCGCGUGGUAGAGGUGGUGGACGUGUGGAAGGAAACCACGAUACCGCCGCCGCGGUCCGCGGUCCGCUCAACGAUUGCUGCUUUCUCACCGUCGGAGCGGCAGUUGGACACGGAGCAGAGAAGGCGCGAAAACCGGCAACGGAAGCAGCUCAAGAAAGACGCCGUUACCGUGGCCGGCGCUACCAACACCGUCACCUUCCCGGCCGAUGACCACGCGGGCACUGAGACGGUGUCGGUCGCCCGCGUCAUCAUAUCCGGCGAUCUAUCCUGCAUGCGGGACGACUUUGUGCCGGCCCCGGCGAUCGCCAACGCGGACAUCAAAUAUUUGCGCAACGACCUGUACGGCCUGGAGCACUCCUUUCUCGAGGCGGAAUACCACUGCCGGGUGGGCUACCGGCUAAGGACGAAGCCGGAGUCGUCGUCGUCGUCCGCGGCCAUCGUUACGUCGACCGGAGCCCUCGCGAACGCCAAUCUCGUGUGCCGUAAGUCCCGGUGGAUCGGCAAGCGGCCCGCCUGUGUGCGGAUUAAAUCGUCACCGGAGACAAGGACGUCGCCGUCCGGACAAGGCAAGGCCUGCGGCAAGGAUCACGACUGUCCCCAGGCGUGCCAUCGCGUGCCACCCGAGACGGUCAGCGGACACGCCAACCGCUCGACGGUCUGUUCCUGCUACAAAGGAUUUAAAAUGGUCAACCACCGGUGUGUAGAUAUCAACGAGUGCAUCGAGUACGGCGAGGACGUCUGCGAGUACGGCUGCUCCAACACGAUCGGUUCGUUUACAUGCAAAUGCCCCCGAGGACUGCGAGUCACCGACAAUAACAAAUGCAUGGAUGUAAACGAGUGUCUGCUACGGAACGGGCACGGCCCGUGCCAGGAUACGUGCAUCAACACGUGGAGCAGCUACCGGUGCACGUGCGACGGGCUGCCGGGGACGCGCCUGGCAGCGGACGGCCACGCGUGCGAGGACAUCGACGAGUGUACGGUGGGUAAUGGCGGCUGCUCCCACACCUGUCUCAACACGCUUGGCCGCGCGUUCUGCACCUGUCCGGACGGCUACAUGCUGGACGACGACUGGAAGACGUGUAUCGACGUGGACGAGUGCGCCAACCAGAAAUCGAUCGCCAGCGACCGUCGGUGUCACGGUCGGUGCAUCAACACGGUCGGCUCGUACCGCUGUCAGGAGGAGGCACCGGGGGACGGGGAAAGUUUCGCGGCUGGCGACGGCACGGCCCGAUCCGUGUCGGCGGGAAGCAGUGGUGAGCAGCAACAGCAACAGCAGCUUCCGGACUAUGACACGCUCUGCCCGACCGGUUACCACUUCAACACGACCAUGGGCGACUGCCAAGACACGGACGAGUGCGGUUCGGCGAACGGCGGAUGUCAGCAGCACUGCAUCAACAGCGACGGAAGCUACUAUUGUUCCUGCAAAUAUGGUUUCAAGCUCAACAUCGACAAGCGCUCGUGUUUGGUGCUGAACGACUCGCUGAAGCUGGCGGACGUGGCCUGCGCUCCGCUGUUUCCACCGCGCCACGGUUACCUCGAGUGCAGCCGGCCGAUCGACGAGAUUGCGGACGGACCGAGCCGCGGCAGCCUCAAGAUCACGAACCGACCCGGCAGCCAGUGCCUGCUGAAGUGCCCGACCGGUUACCGGCUCGAGGGCAAGUUUUCGAAAAUCUGCGGCACCACCGGCGAAUGGAUUGGCGACGAGAAUGGCACCUGCAUCCGCUACCCACAUCCGAAGCUGACCUGCCCGACGAGUGUCAACGUGGAGCUGCAUCCGAACGACACGGAAACCACGACGGUGCGCCUGAGGCGCCCGGAAACCGACGUCAGCUGGGACCGUGACGUCCUGGUCGAGCCGGCCUGGGCGAAGAACGAUCCAUUCCUGCUUCCGCUCGGCCCACUCAACGUGACGUACUCGGCCAGGCACCCGGUUUCGAAGUUGCGCACUGACUGCACCUUCACCAUCAACGUGCUGCCCGGUUCUCCGCCGCGAGUGGACUUCUGUCCCGACACGCAGCUCUACACGAUCGAAGGGCGGCAUCAGAGCGUCAAGGCGACCUGGGAGGAGCCAGUCUUCUCGGACAACGUCGGCGUGGUGACGAUCACCAAGUCCAAUAGCCCGGGGACGGACUUUGGCGCCGGGAGCCAUCUGAUCACGUACGAGGCUCACGAUGACGCCGAGUGGAAGAGCCGGUGCGUGUUCAAGAUCGUGGUCAACGUGAGCCCGCAGCAGCAGCAGAACGGUGGCCAGUCGAGUCACCUGCAGCUACCGAUACUCUACAAUCGGUUCUACUUUUAAGCGAAUCGGCGGCGUAGUGUUGUAUAGCAUUUGCAAUCAUAGCCCUGGUUCAGUUACUGGUGCCCCGCCAGCGGAUUGCCGGGAACUUUUCCCCAGGGGCCAGCUUCAUUCUGUUUCUCCCCCGUCGAAGCCGGUAGCCGCAGCAGCAGCAGCAAUGCCCUACAUUCGCCAUCUGCUCCGUGCUCCGUGGGGCAAAGGAUUACGGGGCAGGACACAACACACAAGUGGGAAAACAAUAAAUUGAUCAAAUGAACCAGAAUUUAGACGGUAGCUAUCCGCGUCUGGGGCUUCUUCUGUGUGUGCCCGGAAUGGUUCUCUGUUCCGCACGGUUGGAGAAGCGAGGAAAACGGAUUAUGCAGAUAUAUCAUCACGUACAUAUACACAACUAGGGAGUAAGCAGAGCUA